AUGUGUGCACAAUAUAUCGAGCAGCAAGACGCUCAAGUCCUGAGCCGCAAACGUUUCGACAGUGUCGCCAUGGCUGCACGAUCCGAGCAACAGCACAAUGAGUCCGAUUUCACAACAACCAGAGCAUCAUGGCAGCAACAACCGUCCGAGGUUGGUCUCAGCAUCUGUGAGACGGGAAAACAACGAGCAGCACAGCGUCCUGCUGGACUGCCUUUCGACUGCUGGAACUCACCACUCUGCCCUCGCAACAUGCCGCAAAACGGUUCGGCGCGGUCCGCUGGUCAAACUGUGUGCAAUCCCGGCACAAGCUUAAGCACGACGACAGACGCAACAACAACCUCUUCACGCAAUGAUACUCCCACGACUGAUAUUGUCAUACCUGCCGACUCGCCGCCUUUCGAUGCCCGUCCCAGUCUGAAGCGUGCCCGUACCGACACCACCUACGACAGGAUCGACGAGGCACCCGCUGUCAAACCUGCGCCCAAGGAAAAGAGACUGCCACAUCACGUCAUUGAGCGACGUUAUCGCGAAAAUCUGAACACACAGAUUGAACAGUUGCGUGCAGCGGUGCCAUCAACAACCUCGCCAUGUCUGAGUCUCGACAUGGAGGAUAUUGGACCCACGUAUGCAUCUGCUAGUGUAUCACAGAAUGCUGCUGCUGCCACCAACAACGGCAUCAGGCCUCUCAGCAAAGCCGGCGUUAUUGCUCAUGCAGCCGAGUACAUGCGUCAGCUUUCUACUCAGAACGACGAGGUGGAGAAGCGAAAUGCAGAGUUACGCAUGACAGUCGAGGCGCUGCGACGACUUGUUAAUUGCGAGGGGUGCGGGGUCGUCCAACAACUCAUCGAUGCUGGAAAUUGA